AUGCUACCGUUCGAAUUCUUGCCUGAUCUUGAUACUGAUUACUAUAAAUGGCUAAAGUGGUUAGUCGCGCCCAUCCUAAUUGCGCAUAUUCUGCCCGCUUUCGUCGCCAUAUUUUUUACCCUUAGUUCCUUAUAUGCAUACGUGUACACUAUUUGGAUCAGAGUUGGGCAAAUAUUUCUGGCAAAACUUUGGAACGCACAAGCUCGUAUUUGGCACGGUUAUGAGGUUGAAGGAAUUGACAACAUUCCGAAAACUGGACCCGCAAUAAUUAUCCAUUAUCAUGGCACUGUACCGAUUGACGUUUAUUAUUUAAUUGCCAAAUGCGUUACAGAUAUUGGCCGGUUGCUAAGUGUUGUCGCGGAUCGGUCAUUGUUCAAAAUUCCUGGAUGGGCCUCCCUUCUCAAAUUUAUUAAAGCCACACCGGGAGGUUUUGAUACGUGUUUGGGAAUUCUAAAUGCAGGCGAUAUCCUCAUAAUUGCACCCGGAGGUGCGUACGAACUCCAAUUUAGCGAUAAUAACUACAAACUAAAGUGGAAAAAUCGGGUUGGAUUUGCGAAAUUAGCAUUAGCAGCGAAAGUUCCAAUUAUUCCCAUGUUUACGAAAAACAUUCGCGAAGCGUAUCGAAAUGUUACGUAUCGCUUUCGACACUGGUUUUAUGCCACGACAAAUCUCACAUUUGUCCCAAUGUAUGGAUUUUUCCCGGUCAAAUUGAAAUGCUAUAUUGGAAAAGCGAUGCCAUACGAUGCAAACAAUACGCCGGAAAUGCUGGCACAAAUGAAUAAGUCAGUCGCCUACCCGGUGAAAGCUAUUCUCUAA